GGAGAACCCGCGACAACAAAAGACGCGGGCGGCGGCGGCGCAGCGUGGCAGAGCGAAGCUGAGGAAUCCAGCGCUCGCCGCCAGGGCCCUGGGCUGUCCUGAGUCGGAAUCCAGAUCUUACAUAAGAUGGAAGUUUCUCACACUAGAUACUGAACAUUAAGUAGAAAAUCUAUUUAGUAAAAUCCAAGUUGCCAUGGAAGAAAUACCAGUAAAAGUUGCUGUAAGAAUUAGACCUCUGCUUUGCAAAGAAGUUCUUCAUAAUCAUCAAGUUUGUGUGAGAGUUAUUCCAAACAACCAGCAAGUUAUCAUUGGGAGAGAUAGAGUCUUCACUUUUGAUUUUGUUUUUGGCAAAAAUUCCACUCAAGAUGAAGUUUAUAAUACAUGUAUAAAGCCCCUAGUGUUGUCACUCAUUGAGGGCUAUAAUGCAACUGUUUUUGCCUAUGGACAAACUGGAUCUGGGAAGACAUACACCAUUGGAGGAGGCCAUAUUGCUUCAGUUGUGGAGGGCCAAAAGGGUAUCAUUCCUCGAGCUAUUCAAGAAAUAUUUCAAAGCAUCUCUGAACAUCCUAGCAUUGACUUUAAUGUGAAAGUAUCUUAUAUAGAAGUGUACAAGGAAGACCUAAGAGAUCUUCUAGAAUUGGAGACAUCCAUGAAGGAUCUUCACAUCCGAGAAGAUGAAAAAGGAAACACAGUGAUUGUUGGGGCCAAGGAAUGCCAUGUGGAGAGUGCAGAUGAAGUGAUGAGCCUUUUGGAGAUGGGGAAUGCAGCCAGACAUACAGGUACCACCCAAAUGAAUGAGCACUCCAGCAGAUCACAUGCAAUUUUUACAAUCAGCAUUGGUCAAGUUCAUAAAAAUGUGGAGGCAGCUGAAGAUGGAUCAUGGUAUUCCCCUCGGCAUAUUGUCUCAAAGUUCCACUUUGUGGAUUUGGCAGGAUCAGAAAGAGUAACCAAAACGGGGAAUACUGGUGAACAGUUCAAAGAAUCCAUUCAAAUCAAUAGUGGAUUGCUGGCGUUAGGAAAUGUAAUAAGCGCUCUUGGGGACCCACGCAGGAAGAGUUCACAUAUUCCAUAUAGGGAUGCUAAAAUUACCCGGCUUCUGAAAGAUUCUCUGGGAGGCAGUGCUAAGACUGUCAUGAUCACAUGUGUCAGCCCCUCCUCCUCGAAUUUUGAUGAGUCCUUAAAUUCUCUCAAAUAUGCCAACAGAGCACGGAACAUUAGAAACAAACCCACUGUAAACUUCAGCCCCGAGUCAGACCGUAUAGAUGAAAUGGAAUUUGAGAUUAAAUUGCUUCGAGAAGCUUUGCAAAGCCAGCAGGCUAAUGUCAGCCAAACUAGCCAGAUCCAUCGAGAAGGGAGUCCUGAUACAAAUAGGAUUCAUUCUCUUGAGGAGCAAGUAGCUCAGCUUCAAGGAGAAUGUCUGGGUUACCAAUGUUGUGUAGAAGAAGCCUUUACCUUCCUGGUUGACUUAAAAGAUACUGUCAGACUAAACCAAAAGCAGCAAUACAAACUGCAGGAGUGGUUUAACAUGAUCCAAGAGGUCAGGAAGGCUGUGGUCACCUCAUUUCGAGGAAUUGGAGGCACUGCAAGUCUGGAAGAAGGACCAGAGCAUGUUACAGUUCUCCAGCUGAAGAGAGAGCUUAAGAAAUGCCAGUGUGCGCUUGCUGCUGAUGAAGUAGUAUUUAAUCAGAAGGAACUGGAGGUGAAGGAACUGAAGAAUCAGGUGCAGAUGAUGGUACAGGAAAACAAAGGGCAUGCUGUAUCUUUGAAAGAAGCACAAAAAGUGAAUAGAUUGCAGCCCCUGGCAAAAACCACUUUACUUUCUACUUCUAUGGAUUUGCCUAUUCUAAACAUUUCAUAUAACUGGAAUCAUACAAAUGAAAAAAUAAUAGAACAACAACUUCUUGUGGAUCAACUGAGUGAAGAACUAACAAAACUUAACCUGUCAGUGACUUCUUCAGCUAAAGAAAAUUGUGGAGAUGAGCCAGAUGCCAGGAUCCCUGAAAAGAGACCAUAUACUGUACCAUCUGAUACUCGUUUGGGGCAUUAUAUUUAUAUCCCAUCAAGACAAGAUUCCAGGAAGGUCCACACAAGUCCACCUGUGUACUCUCUGGAUCGAAUAUUUGCUGGGUUUCGAACACGAAGUCGGAUACUGUUAGAUCACAUAGAAGAACAAGAUGAGGUCCUCCACUGCCAAUUUUCUGAUAACAGUGAUGAUGAAGAAUCGGAAGGCCAAGAGAAAUCUGGAACUAGAUGUAGAAGUCGUUCAUGGAUUCAGAAGCCAGACUCUGUUUGUUCCCUUGUUGAACUGAAUGAUACUCAGGAUGAAACACAAAAGUCAAAUUUGGAGAAUGAAGAUUUAAAGAUUGAUUGUCUCCAGGAGAGUCAAGAAUUGAAUUUGCAAAAAUUAAAGAAUUCAGAACGCAUACUUACUGAAGCUAAACAAAAAAUGAGAGAACUUACGAUUAACAUCAAGAUGAAGGAAGAUCUGAUUAAAGAAUUAAUAAAAACAGGUAACGAUGCCAAGUCUGUAAGCAAGCAGUAUUCUUUGAAAAUAACAAAGCUAGAGCAUGACGCAGAACAGGCAAAAGUCGAACUAACUGAAACACAAAAGCAGCUACAGGAGCUGGAAAACAAAGAUCUUUCUGAUGUUGCAAUGAAGGUAAAAUUACAGAAAGAGUUCCGUAAAAAGAUGGAUGCUGCAAAGCUGAGAGUUCAGGUCUUACAGAAGAAGCAACAAGAUAGUAAGAAACUGGCAUCACUGUCAAUCCAAAAUGAGAAACGUGCUAAUGAACUAGAGCAGAGUGUAGAUCACAUGAAGUAUCAAAAGAUACAGCUACAAAGAAAACUUCAAGAAGAAAAUGAAAAAAGGAAGCAACUGGAUGCAGUAAUUAAGCGGGACCAGCAAAAAGUCAAAGAACUACAGUUAAAAACAGGACAGGAAGAAGGUCUAAAACCAAAAGCUGAGGAUCUCGAUGCAUGUAACUUGAAAAGGAGAAAAGGUUUGUUUGGAAGUAUAGACCAACUCCAGAAAUUGGAUGAGCAAAAGAAAUGGUUAGAUGAAGAAGUAGAGAAAGUUCUGAACCAACGCCAAGAAUUAGAGGAGCUGGAAGAAGACUUAAAGAAACGGGAGGCCAUAGUUUCUAAGAAGGAGGCUCUGUUACAGGAGAAGAGUCACCUGGAAAAUAAGAAAUUGAGAUCUAGUCAGGCCUUAAACACAGAUAGUUUGAAAAUAUCAACUCGCCUGAACUUAUUGGAACAAGAGUUGUCUGAAAAGAACGUGCAGCUCCAGACCAGCACAGCUGAGGAGAAAAUAAAGAUUUCAGAACAAGUUGAAGUCCUCCAGAAAGAAAAGGAUCAGCUCCAGAAACGAAGAAACAGUGUGGAUGAAAAACUUAAAAAUGGUAGAGUGUUAUCACCUGAAGAAGAACAUGUUCUUUUCCAACUUGAAGAAGGGAUUGAAGCUUUGGAAGCUGCAAUUGAAUAUAAGAAUGAAAGUAUCCAGCAUCGCCGGAACUCACUUAGAGCAUCAUUCCAUAACCUCUCUCGUAGUGAAGCAAAUGUCUUGGAACAAAUAGUUUCCCUGAGUCCUGUUGAGAUUAGAGCUAUUCUUUUCAGAUAUUUCAAUAAGGUGGUGAAUUUGCGAGAAGCUGAACGGAAACAACAGUUAUAUAAUGAAGAAAUGAAAAUGAAAGUUCUGGAACGGGAUAAUAUGGUUCGUGAAUUAGAAUCUGCAUUGGACCAUCUAAAAUUGCAGUGUGACCGAAGACUGACCCUCCAGCAAAAGGAACAUGAACAAAAGAUGCAGUUGCUGUUACAUCAUUUCAAAGAACAAGAUGGAGAAGGCAUUAUGGAAACUUUCAAAACAUAUGAAGAUAAAAUCCAGCAGUUGGAAAAAGAUCUUUAUUUCUAUAAGAAAACCAGCCGGGAUCUUAAGAAGAAACUUAAGGAACUGGUAGGGGAAGCAAUUCGGCGGCAACUAGCACCAUCAGAGUAUCAUGAGGCUGGAGAUGGAGUCCUGAGCCCAGAAGAAGAAGGCAUGCUUUCAGAAGAAUUAAAAUGGGCAUCCAGACCUGAAAGUAUGAAAUUAAGUGGACGAGAAAGAGAAAGGGACAGUUCACCAAGCAGCUUAAGAACACAGCCAAAUCCUCAGAAGCUCUGGGAAGAUAUCCCAGAAUUACCUCCAAUUCAUAGUUCUUUAGCACCCCCCAGUGGGCAUAUGUUAAGUCAUGAGGAUAAAACAGAAAUAGGUGAUAAUCAGUUUACAAAAUCUCACAGUCGACUAUCAUCCCAAAUUCUGGUUGCGGGAAAUGUGGGACAGCUUCAUGGUAUUACACCGGUAAAACUGUGUCGAAAAGAAUUACGUCAAAUUUCCGCCUUGGAACUAUCAUUGCGACGUUCCAGUCUUGGAGUUGGGGUUGGAUCAAUGGCUGCUGAUUCCUUCGAAGUAUCUAGGAAACCAAGUGACUUAAAAACUUAGACAUUUAAUAAUAGGACUUUAGUAGAUAUGUAAAAAGAUUCCUUUUUCUAACCUGUUAAAAACUAAAGCUCAAUUUUACUACCUCUUUCCUCAAAAUAAAGGAAGAAGGGGAGGAAGGAAUCUCUAAUUCUUUUAUAUACUAGAGAUGUGUACAUCUUCUAUAGAACACUUGGGGAGUUUUAAUUUAUAUUCCCAUAGUAAUCAAACAUGUUUCCCAAUACUUGAUAAUAUUUAAAUAUUUACAUUUAUAAAUACGCUUAAAUGUUUUUCCAGGCAUAUUUGAAGAAUAAAACUUAUAAUAGACUAAAAUAUCUUUCAAGUAUGUAUUAUUAUAUAAUAUAAAUGUACAUUAUAUUAUAAAAGUAUUUUACAGUAUAACUAUAUUAUUGUUAUUCUCAAAUACAAGUAUAUUGUUAUUUAUUUUUAAAAGAUUCAGCUAAAUACUGCUUUUGUCAGAGGGAGUCACCUGCUGCAUAUGUGGGCUAAGACAACCUCUCAGCUUUAUGGAUUGAGGCUCAUUUACAGUCCUCAGAGUUCACAGAAAUGGUCACUCUUGACUUUUUAAACAUGCUCACUGUUUCUGGAAUUUUUUGGAUUUUUAAAAAUUUAUAAUGUUAUAUUUUUUGUUUACUACUAUUAUGCAAUGUAAGUUUUCAUGCCUUUCCUGCUCUAUACACUCAAUAUAUCUCUCACUAUGCUACUAAAAUUGGGAGAAGUGGAUGCUGUUCCAUGGAAUAGGGAAAUGAUAGAAUAAAACUAAAGCAUUGUAACAUUUCAAGAGAAAGAACACUGGUUAUGACAUCUCCGGUCAUACAGAGUAUGUCUGUAAAGCUUGAAGUCUCGCCAAAGCAUCUUUAAUGAUCUGAUGGGCUUAAGUCUGAUAUUUUUCUCUACAACCUCCUUAGUCAGGCUUUACAAACUGGCCAAACUACAUUGGGGCUGUAAAUAUGUCAAUGAAAUUUUUACUAAAAUCUCCAAGUUUUUCUGGCCAAAAUUUUACUAUAUAAUGUACAAUUUAGUUUGGAAUUAAGAACUAAACAGUUUACCCAUGAAAUGUAGCUUGUACUUUUUAACCAUAUUUUUCAGUUAUAGGAAACAUCCAUCGUAAUGACCUGAGAAAUUAUUUUGUUACUUAAGUUGUUCUUUGUUACUUUUCCAAACUUUCACUUGUCAACCAAGGUUGAGUUUCUUAAACUAAUUAAUGUUUGGGUGGGGGCUGUAGCAAAACCAUCCUGACAUGGAUGCUUACUCAGAGUCACCCACUUCCUUGCUGAAUCCAUUUUUUCUGAUGUAGUGCUGCUACACACCUUUUCCUUUUGUCCUUCCCUCUGUUGCUGUGGACUUGAUCAUCUCACAUAGGACCCAAACUGCCACCCUGUGCUCAAAGACUUAAGGCUUCCUUUCUCUCAUUGCUAGCCCCUAGGGAGUAGAGCUUCUUGGUCUCCUUGCUAAAAACCAGUUCCUUUAGGAAACAAAUCAAAACAAAACCAACUUAUAAAAAGGAAAAUAGUUUAUCUCUUAAGCAUGGUACUAAAAUUUAUUUAAAUUAAAUAGAUUUCUGUGGACUUAACCUGGGAAUGAAACAAUUUUUAAUAUUGGUCCAAUGAGAUACUAUUUUCUAAAUUUCAAAAACCUAAUUUACAAACUAACUGGGAAAUUUUAUUUUUACCAGGGACUGUUUGAAGUCAGAUUCUGGUUUCCAGCUAGUCUUCCAUUUUUAUAAAUUUAUGUCUAUUCAUAUAUAUAAAUAUAAAUCAUACAAACCAAAGGUAAAACAUACACAUUAUAAAUAUGUAUAAAUGCACUGACCUUUUGCCAUUUAUAUAUAUAUAUAUUUUAUAUAUAUAUAUACACGCACUUGUAUAUAUACAAGUAUAUAAGGAAAUGUGUAUUUCCACAGGUAAAACUAGUAUGUGUAAAUUAAUUAUUUCCAAUUAAGGCAUAGCACAUUACUUAAUCUUACAAGGAAUUUAUAAUUAGGACCUUCAUUAAUAAAUACAUAUUUAUUUAAAUAUAUUAUUGCUGUGCUUUGCUGAAGGCACUGACCUUUUACCAUUAUCUAUAUAUAUAUACACUUGCAUAUAAACACUUGUGUGUGUAUAUAUAUAUAUAUAGUGUAUAUAUACUU